UGUCAAUACCGGUCGGGAUAAAAAUAUUAGUUCCAUUCGCUCCUGUUCUCACGAAAAUGGGUAAAUUUACAAAGAAAAAGAAAUCAAACAUAGUGAAAUCGCGUAAGGAACUUCGCAAAGAAAAGCGUCAACAGAAAAAGGAGAACAAACGAAACUUCUUCUCACGCAAGAAGUCGAAACCUGGGCAAUUUGUACACAAACCACCCCAACAACAUGACUCUGAAGAGGAUGAAGGAAACGCCGGCUUUGAAGAUGUCAACAGUGAAAUUGAGUCCGAUUUCGAGCUAAGUGACGAUGAGAUGAAUGCCAAGUUGAGCAAAAUCAAGCCAGUCCCUAAAAAAACAGUAGUCUCCCAGCCAGACCGCUUCCUUGAAAACCAACAGAAGGAGAAACGAAAGGAGCAGGAACUUCAGAAAAAGAUGCGUAAAAGGCGAAUUGAACAGUUAAAAAGCGCAAACGAGGAAGACGACAAGAUCAUUCGCAAGCUGGAGAAGAAACUCAGAAUUGAUAAGCAUAAAAAUGACAAAUCUGUCCAUAAAAUGUUUGGGGAUGGAUUGGACUACGCUUUGGAGCUGUGCCUUCCUGAGAAUAUCGAGAAAAUGUACAAAGCCGCAAAAGAUGCAGCUGAGUCUGAUGACGAUUCGGAUGAUGCAUUUAACGAGGAUCUUGCAGCUGCAAUAGGGGAUGAUAAGGUGACAAAAGCGAAGAAGAAAAAGAAGCGGGAAGAGGCGAAGGAGAGUAAACGGAUGAAACGACUGUCCAAGGCUGAGGAGAAAUAUUUCAAAGAUGAAUUGGAUUUGAGCGGGUCCGAUUCAGAGUUUGGAGGUGAAAAUGAUGAUGAAGCCGGUAAUAGGCAGAAACUUAUACAAGAUUCGGAGGAUAGUGAUUUUGACAUCAUGGAAAGUGGAGAAGAAGCUGAAGAUGCCAGCGAAAGUGGAGAAGGAGAAAAUAGUGAAGCGGAAGACGGAGUUUCUGGCUCCGACUUAGAUGAAGGUGAAGACGAUGAGUCAGGAUUAGAUGAUGAGGAAAAUGAAAGUUUUGCAGAGGUGAACGAUGACGAUAGUGAUGACGCUGAUGGCGAAAACCACGGAGCUGGUCCAGAAAAUGGAGAUCACAAGAUAUGGGAAGAUAUUUACGGACGUCAAAGGGAUAAGGAUGGAAAUAUUGUUGAGGAAAAAGCAACAAAAUAUGUUCCACCACAUGUUCGGGCGCGGCUUGAAGCAGAAAAUCCUAGUGACUCAAAACGAAAGGAAAAGCUGGCGAACCUUCAGCGUCAUUGUAAAGGAUUCCUGAAUCGAUUAUCCGAGGCGAAUAUCCAUAAAAUCGCUGGAGACAUUGAAAACUUAUAUCGUUCAAAUUCACGGUUUGAUAUGAACAAUACACUCACGAAACUAGUGAGUGAAGCAAUAAUUAGUCAUGUGUUAUCACCAGAACGAAUGGUCUUAGAAUAUGCAAUGUUGGUGGCUGUAUUGCAUGCGAAUGUUGGCAAUGAAGUUGGUGCCCAUGUCUUAGAAACGCUCGUAGUUAAAAUUGAAAAAUACAUCAAUAAUAUCAAUACCAUGGACGUUGAAAACAAAGAGUUCGAUAACACACUCUUUCUGCUCUGCCACAUGUACACGUUUAAGAUCUUCCAGCACUCCUUAAUUUAUGAAAUAUUGAAGCGGCUUAGUGAACAUUUAUGCGAAAAGUCAGUCGAAUGUUUACUUUUAGUGUUACGAUCGGUUGGCUUUCAGCUGAGAAAGGACGAUCCAUUGGCAUUAAAAGAUCUGAUACUUCUCAUUCAGAAGAAAGCUAGUGAAGCGCCUCCGGAAGUGAAGGAAAAUGCACGACUGAAGUUCAUGAUUGAAAUUUUAUUGGCAAUAAAGAACAAUAACAUGACUAAAAUCCCCCAAUAUGACCCUAGUCUAGCGGAGCAUUUGAGGAAAAUCUUAAAGUCAAUGAUGGUAAAUGGAAAAUAUGUGACCACGCUGAAUAUUACAAUUGACGAUUUAUUAAAUGCUGAUGAAAAAGGCAAGUGGUGGGUCGUUGGCUCCGCUUGGAGUGGAAAUAUCAAGGAUAUCAAUACAGCAAAGCCGAAAGCUGAGCAACAGAAAACAGAAAAAUUCAGUGAUCAGUUACUUGCACUUGCUAAGCAACAACGAAUGAACACCGAAGACCGCAAGAAUGUCUUUUGUAUAAUUAUGAGCGCCGAAGAUUACAUAAAUGCCUUCGAAAGGCUUCUACAUCUGGCCAUCAAAGAUCAGCGAGUAAUUGCCACCGUCAUAAUUCACUGCUGUCUGUCGGAGAAGGUAUUCAAUCCAUAUUACGCGGCUCUAGCACAAAAGUUUUGUGAAUAUGAUAGAAAGUAUCAGCUUGCAAUACAAUUUGCGCUAUGGGAUAGAAUUAAGGAAGUUCGAUCGGGAUCAAAACAGGAGAUGAAGAAUUUGGCACAAUUGUUGAUAUAUUUGAUAAGUAAAGGUGGUCAACCACUUUCUGUUUUGAAGGUUAUCGAAUUCGGAGAAAUGGAUAAGAGUACGUUACGAUUCGUGCGUCAAAUAGUGUUGGGUCUUUUAUUAGGAAACGAAGAGGAAUGUUGUCAAGUGUUCGCAAGAGUAGCUCCAAGCAUGAAAUUAGGAUUAUUUAAGGAUAGUAUAAGGCUUUUUAUACAUCAUUUCCUACUGAAAGGUUCGAAAAAUAGUGAUAUAGAUCCAGACAAGAUGAACUUAUUACAAGAACGUAUAAGCAUUGCGGAUGAAGCUCUGCAAACUCGCGACUCUAAAGUGAAAUUCUAAUACAAUGUAUUGGAGACGUUUGUAAUAUAUUUAGAUGUUAAUUAAAUUGUUUCAAUUUUAAA